CAUGAACUUGACUCUUCUGUCCACAUUAUGUGUCCUGACUCUGGUAUCAGGUGUGUACAGUAGCAGAGGAAGUGAUGAAACCAUUGUGGACAUUACAGUCUUUGCUCCAAGCUACUUUUUCACCAAUGCAACUCGAGUGUUCUUUAACUUUAACAAAGACACUGAGUUAGUGAGCAACAAAGAAGCCAGUGUUUUAGUUUAUGAUGUUUCCAAACCAUUGAUUGAUAAAAACCUCAACUUGUUAAAGCCCUGUUUCAACAUAUCCUGUGAACAAGGUUGCGAUGAGUCUAAUGGAGAGUGUAUUUGUUUCAAAGGGUACAAGCUUAGCAAUACUGGAGAAUGUAUAGAUGUGAAUGAAUGCAUGGAAGGCAAAGCCAAGUGUGACCUGGCAGCUGGGUGCUACAACAGAAAGGGAACCUAUGACUGUAUGUGUGGCGAAGACUACUAUGGAACCGGGAAAACUUGCAGGGAAUGCAAACUGAAGUGUCCAGACAAAUAUUAUGAGGUGCAGCCUUGUGCAAAGGAAAUUCAGAAAAUCUGCAAAGCUUGCACUCAGUCUUGUCGAGCCGGCUACUUCAUGGCUCAGCCUUGCUCUAGCCAUGAAAAUGCUAUGUGCAGAGUGUGUCGACCUGAGUGUCUGCCAGGAGAAUUUGAAUCCAGACAGUGUACCAAUUAUCAUGACAGAGAAUGCAAAAAUCUGACGCAGUUGACACCACCACUGACAUCCACAAAUGUCAUCCUGGAAGAAAAACGACAUGUUAAAGAGGAUCGUGCUAAACUUGACAAAUUACCUGCACAUUAUGUAGGGUUUACACGAUACAAGCUUUUCAGAGGAAGUGGUAUCCAUCUGGAGUUGACAGUUCGUUUUAUAGAUGCAGCCCAGCAGUUUUUGCCCAUCAAUGUUUCCCAGCCAUUCAGCCUUGAUCUAGUGGCUCCAUCUGUGUUGAGGUCAUACUCAGUACAACAUUUCUGUCCCAGUCCAGUUCCAGAUUACUACAUUCUGCGCUACAAGAAACUUGAGGAUGUGACCUUCAAACAAAAUGACAAUGGCAGCAUCGACUCUUGCGAUCUUCACAAAUCAUCUGGAGAUUUACUGCCACCACUGACCGGACAUAAUCUGACAUUCCUCUGCUCACAACCAGGCUCCCUGACAAACAUCUUCAGCAUCGAUGAGGACUUUUUCAAGGCCAGGACAAAAUGGGUGGACAAGAGUAAACGGUGUCAGCGAAACAGUCGAGCUUGUGAGUCCUGCACCCGAAAAUGUGGCACAGAGAAUUUGUUUUCUGGUGAUCCUACCUGCUCUGUGGCUGGAGGUGAUGACUUUGGAGAAUCGCCUAGGCUCAUGAUGUGCUAUAAUUGUUGUGUAAAGCGGAACUGUUCCUCAGACUGUAAAGACUACAACAAGAGAAAAUGCCAACCCGAGCAGUGUUCCAAAGGCAAUCUACUAGAAUUUACAAUGGAACCUUCAUGGGACAGUAGUCAAGAUGGCCGUUUCUUUUGUCCUAUUGGACCAUCACGUCACCAACACCUACUAGAAUUAGAUUACUCUGUACAUGCAGAAGCUUCAUUAGAACCACUACAUGUUAGCAAAGUCUUGAUCUAUGGGGACAAGACAUGGGAAGACACGGGGGCCAUGCAAUACAGUGAUGGAAUUCUUGAUAUUACAGUCAACUCAAGCUUGGGAAUAGUUCCAAAUUUUCUAGAAGGAGGAACCAAUCCUCAGAGUGGUAUAUUUAAAGUUGGGACAUACAAAUCCCAUGGAUCUCAACUUGGAACAUCUGCUAUUAGACCAGAUUUUGUGUUCAUUAGGCCUGCAGAUCCGCAUGGAGUUCCUGCCAUGCCAGGAGCCCACCAAGAGUGCACCCACACUGCACUGAACAGCAUGCUGCUGGCAUCAAACAUGGAAAACCCUUACAUCUACAACCAGAGACUUGAAGCUGUCGCCAAUGGCUCUGUUCCUUUUGUUGUCACCAGCAAAGCGCAAGAUCCCCUUGUCUUGGCAACACUGCCCCGUGGCUUGUCUAUCCUGAAGAAACUUUUCUCACCCGUGACUUUGAAUGUGAACAGUUUUUCCAGUGAUCUUACCCAGAACUCCACUCACUGGCUGGUUAGUGUUCAUGGAGAAACUCUGAAGUGUCCAGGUUUUCUUCACAUUGCACUGCUGGAUCCACACUACUCCUCUCAGAUUCUGUUUGACUGUGAUGCUGCAAUAUUGUGUCCUUCAAGAUUCUCCAUUACUUUUGCCUUGCCAAGUACGGACAAACUGGGUUUACACAAGGAUAUAAUCAUUGCUGUCACAGACCAGAAGGGAGUGAAUCAUUUCAGAAUUUACAGGAAGACAUCUCUGAAGGAGGAUAUUACAGAAGAUAUAGAUAAUGAAAUGGAAUCUAAAACUGUAACAGUUGACAUGUCUGCACAUUUUGCUGUUAGAGAGGAGAGAGAGAAGAAAGAAGAUGGUAACAAUAAUCAGGCUAAAGACAUGAUGAAUCUGCCAUUAGCAUUUCCAUAUCUACUGAUGUUAAGUGGUUGCAUUCUGUUGCUCCUUGUAUUGGCCAUCCUUGGUUUGUGCUUCCAGCCAGCUUUGCCAAUGCCAGACACUCCAUAUGCUCGCUGGUAUCAUCCCUUCUUUGCUACAGGCUACAUGAUGUUUCAGUUUGCUUACAGUGCUUUUGUAUCGGGAACUAUGUUCUUCCUGAUUUUGACUGUCAUUACCAGCCAUCAUGUCAAUUUUGUAAUGAGCCAUGGUCAGUUAGGGGCUAUGAAUACAGCCUCUAGCCAUAUUGAGCUGUUACAGCUGCAGCGCCACCUUGAAGGGGAAAUAAACAGACAAGAUUUACUUGCCGAUGCAUCUCAGAAAAUCUGCAUGCAGGAUAUGAGAAAAAUUGUGUCAGAUUUGAAAAAGUUCCAUCAAUCACUUUUGGAUUCAACAAAGGAUGUUUUUGAACGCAACCGGUUGGACCUACUCUUGAGUCAGCAGAAACUGCAUGUGAGAGAGAAACUAAUGAAAGACUUGGACCAUUUCAGGUGA